GAGUGUCAUACGACAGUUUCACAGAAGAGUCUGAUAAAGCGACAAUGGCAGAAGAAAAGGAUAUUGCUGCAGCUUCCAAAAACUUUUUGCGCCAGUUUCGGGAUAUUAACACUAGGGAGUUCAAGAAAAUAAGUGCAUCCCAAUUUAAUGAUGUCUGGACGCACUACGAUCAGGACGGCAAUGGAUAUAUUGAGGGAACGGAGUUGGACAACUUUCUGUACGAGUUGGUAACCAGCGUCAAUACAUCUGAUGUUGGACCCGAGGUUGUAUCCAAGGCUGCCUUAGAAGAUGCUAAAGCUCUGGUUAUGAAUGCAUUUGAUGAAAAUAAUGAUGGUCGAAUAGAUAUAGCCGAGUUAGCACAACUUUUACCAAUGGAAGAAAACUUUUUGUUGUUGUUUAGAAGAGAUAAUCCAUUGGACUCUAGUGUAGAAUUUAUGAAGGUAUGGCGACAGUAUGAUAAGGAUAACAGUGGUUAUAUAGAGGCAGAUGAACUAAAGGAGUUUCUGAAAGAUUUGUUAAAACAAUGUAAGAAGGAUAUUGAAGUUAGUGAAGAAAAAUUGAUCGAGUAUGCUGACACAAUGCUACAACUGUUUGAUAGGAAUAGAGAUGCCAAAUUACAACUUAGUGAGAUGGCAAAAUUACUUCCGGUUAAAGAAAACUUCCUGUGUAGGCCUGUAUUUAAGAGCGGUAAACAGUUAAACUGUGACGAUAUAAACCGUGUAUUUAAACUUUAUGAUAGGGAUAAUAACAAUAUGAUUGAAAAUGAAGAAUUAACUGGUUUUUUGAAAGAUUUGAUGGAAUUAGUUCAAGAAGAUUAUGACGCUGAAGAUAUGGAUGAAUUUAAAGAUAUUUUGCUAAAGAAAUGCGACCUGAACCAUGAUGGUAAGAUAGAUAAAGAUGAAUUAAGUAUGGUGCUAAUGUCCUUUAAUACCAGAAAUUCUUGUCACGAUGACGUUCCAGAAGAUGACCAAUAGUGGAACCAUUCCUCAUCUCAUCUCUCACCUUAUUGUAUCAUAAUAUUUGUUUACUUAAUGAUUCGCAUGUUCAAUGUUUACAUAAUGAUUUUUUUUUUUCUUUUUUCUCCAAAAAAAAUCAACUUUAAUACCUUUUAUUGGGACUUACAAACUCAAAGGCAUCAAAUAAUUUAAUUACAAUUUUUAAUUUAAGCCUUACUUUGCUGUUACUAUCAAUCUGAUUAAAACACAGAUCCUAUUUCGUUUCGUUUUUUAUAGUUCAAAAUUUCGUUUUUACUUGUCUUUACUACACUAGGAUUUGGAAGAGUUGUUAUCAUUGACGUGUUCUGGAUGAUGUGUGGUAGUGAGGUAUUAACCAAUGAAACGGUCUGUUACGGCGAGCUUUAGGCGUGUUUUGCAACAGAACAGUGGGUAAUCCACUAGAAACAUCAAUGCUGAUUGGUUAAUGAAAUGUCUGACGUCAUAGGGUCAAAGCCGCUCGUAUGACCUCUGACAUGACCUAUCGCAACAACCGGUCAGAUCUUCAUGUAGUGUAGGCCAUUGAAAGUAUAAAAAAACGAAACGAAAUAUAGAUCUGUAUUUUGAUCAGAAUGCUGUCACUGUGUGUUUAUUGUUAUAAAAUAAUGCUAUCUUGGUCAAAGACGGUUUAGAAACUUUAAAAAAAGAUCUCAUUACGCAAAUAUAUUAGAGAUGCAUUAUGUAAGAGAUACAUCUGCCUAUUGUAAGGCCUUUUUUUCUGACUUCAAAUGUUAUAUAAAUUAUAAUUUAAACAUUUAUUAACAUGACAAGCCCAUAAUCAACUCUCUCUCUCUUUCUCUCUCUCUCUCUAUCUCUCUCUCUCUCUUUAAUAACAUUUAUUAACAUGACAAGCCUAUAAUCAACUCUCUGGCUUCAGAUGUUAUUUAAAUUAUUAUCUAGACAUGUAGGCUAUUCAUAUGGCAAGCCCAUGAUCAACUCUUCAAACUAUCCUGUAUCAUAAUGUCUGUCAUUGAGUCAACUGGCGUUAAACCCCAUUUCUCUCUUUUUAAACCAUCGGAUGACUUGGAUAUUAAGUGGAUAAGACCAUCAGCGCCAUUGAAUAGAUUAACGGUAUAAUGGUAAAUAGAGACCUCGUUUAUUAUCGUAUCAAUGACAAUCUAGACUACCAAACUUCAAACACUCAUAACUUUACACCGAAUAAAGUAAUAUGUCUGCAAUUUUCAA